AUGCCAGAUUACCUUGGUGAUGAUAUGCGCAAGAGUAAGAAAGAAGUUGUGACAGAUAACGACAAACCCUUUCAGUCCCUGGAUGAAAACGAUAUUGUGGUAUUGAAGCGCUACGGACAGGGUGCUUAUACGGAACAAUUGAAGCAGCUAGAAUCCGAUAUCGAAGAAUGUGUUAAAAAGGUGAAUGAGUUAUCUGGAGUCAAGGAAAGCGAUACCGGACUUGCACCACCAGCUUUAUGGGACAUAGCUGCUGAUAAGCAAGCAAUGCAGAGUGAACAACCCCUUCAGGUUGCUCGUUGUACAAAAAUAAUAACAUCAGAAGGACAUGAACCACGCUAUUUAAUAAAUGUCAAACAAUUUGCAAAGUUUGUGGUGGAUCUUGCAGACACCGUUGCACCAACUGAUAUUGAAGAAGGUAUGCGAGUUGGUGUGGAUCGUAAUAAAUAUCAAAUUCACCUGCCUUUACCCGCGAAAAUUGAUCCAUCGGUUACGAUGAUGCAGGUCGAGGAGAAGCCAGACGUUACUUACGCCGAUGUGGGUGGCUGCAAAGAGCAAAUAGAAAAACUAAGAGAAGUGGUCGAGACCCCAUUGCUGCAUCCAGAACGUUUCGUCAAUUUGGGUAUCGAACCACCGAAAGGUGUUUUGCUUUAUGGACCUCCUGGUACAGGCAAAACUCUUUGUGCUCGUGCUGUCGCCAAUCGUACAGAUGCCUGUUUUAUCAGAGUUAUUGGUUCUGAGCUAGUGCAGAAGUAUGUAGGCGAGGGUGCUCGCAUGGUGCGAGAACUAUUCGAAAUGGCUCGUAGUAAAAAAGCCUGUCUGAUAUUUUUCGAUGAAAUAGAUGCCGUGGGCGGUGCAAGAUUUGACGAUGGAAUGGGUGGCGAUAAUGAAGUGCAACGCACCAUGCUUGAACUGAUCAAUCAGCUGGAUGGCUUUGAUCCACGCGGAAAUAUUAAAGUACUUAUGGCAACUAAUCGACCUGAUACGCUUGAUCCAGCAUUGGUUCGACCUGGCCGUUUGGAUCGCAAAAUAGAAUUCGCUUUACCAGAUCUAUCAGGUCGUACUCACAUCCUUAAAAUUCAUGCGAAACAGAUGAGUGUCGAAAGAGAUAUUCGAUACGAUUUAUUAGCACGUCUUUGCCCUAAUAGUACUGGUGCUGAAAUUAGGAGCGUUUGCACGGAAGCCGGUAUGUUUGCAAUACGUGCUCGAAGAAAGCUUGCAACGGAGAAGGAUUUCUUGGAGGCCGUCAACAAAGUGAUUAAGGGUUAUGCCAAAUUUAGUGCCACACCACGUUAUUUGACUCACAACUGA